UGUACGAGACCAUUAAAAGACCCUCCUUCAACAAGUACAACAACAACCACAACCAUAACUCCAAUACCAGAAACGACUUUAACAACCACAACACCGGAACCAACGUCAACCACAUCAAUCUCAUCGCUUGUGGAUCUUCGAUCAAACAGUUGUCUAUUAGUACCCGGAGUGUAUGGCGAAUGCAUCGACAUCAAGAGAUGUCCGUCAAUAUUGAAUCAGCUAAGGGAGAAGGGAAACGAUCCUGUACUAGUCAAAUUUAUAAAAGCUUCGAAUUUACUUUGUGACAACGUCGGCCAAAAUGUCUGUUGUCCCACAGAGCCAGGUCCACGUCGCUUGCCCACUGAAAAUGAGGGUUGUGGUGAACCAAACUUGGUCAGUUACAGGAGAAUCGUGGGCGGCGAUGAGGCAAUGAAAGGUGCUUAUCCAUGGAUCGCGCUGCUAGGGUAUGGUGAAAGUUCCCUUUCGAACGUCAAAUGUGGCGGAACUUUGAUUACAGCCAGACAUGUGGUGACAGCAGCUCAUUGCAUAAAGCACGAUCUCUCGUUUGUGCGCCUCGGAGAGCACGAUCUUUCUACCGACACUGACACUACGCACAUGGACAUCAACAUAGUCAAGAAGGUGUCCCAUUCCAAUUACAAUAAGACAGACGGUCGCAGCGAUAUAGCGAUGCUCUACUUGGAACGGAACGUAGAGUUUACAAAUAUAAUGAAGCCCAUUUGUUUGCCCAACUCUCCCAGCUUGCGUGCCAAGUCUUAUGUGGAUACAAACCCUAUUGUCAUUGGCUGGGGUAAUACUCAAGAGUUUGGAAGAAGUGCAAAGAUAUUGCGUCAGCUAACGAUACCCGUCCUGGAAAAUUCAGUGUGCCAAAACAGUUAUAAAGCAAUGAAUCUAAGCUUUAGCUUGAAUCAAUUCGAUAAAGCCAUUCUAUGUGCUGGAAUUUUAGCAGGCGGCCAAGACGCUUGCCAAGGGGACUCAGGUGGUCCGCUAAUGAUCUCCGAACAAUUAGAUAAUGGUGAAAUCAGAUUCUAUCUGAUUGGAAUUGUUGCCUAUGGUUAUGGUUGUGCCAGGCCAAAUAUACCUGGAGUCUAUACGAGCACACAAUACUUCAUGGACUGGAUAAACGAUAAGGUGCGGGAGAUGCCGUGAACUAGGACUGAAAGUUCGUUUGUGUAAUCUAUAAGCUUAAGUUUGAAUUUAUGUAAAUAAUAAUUAUACUGAAGCGC